AUGUUGUUAAUAAUUAUUGCUAAGUUCUUAGUAUUAGUAGCCAUUUGUGAAGCGAUGACAAUGAAACAAAUUAAAAACACAGGAAAAAUGUUGAGGAAAACCUGCCAGCCAAAAAACAACGCAGCAGACGAAAAAAUAGAUCCACUGAAUGAAGGGGUUUUCAUUGAUGAAAAGGAAGUAAAAUGUUACAUAGCAUGUAUCAUGAAGAUGGCAAAUACAAUGAAAAACGGAAGACCAAAUAUCGAAACCGCAAUGAUGCAAGCUGAUCUGUUACUGCCGGAAGAACUGAAAGAACCCGCAAAAGAAGCUUUGACAGCCUGUAGGAAAGUUCCGGAUGCCCACAAGGACGUGUGCGAUGCGGCGUUUCACCUCACCCAGUGCGUCUACAACCAAAACCCUGAUAUAUUCUACUUCCCAUGA